CGCUUUAUGUCCAGCGCAACACCCCUGGAUCGUGUCAACCCUCAGCUGUCUCGUUCACUGACAGCCAAGUACCGCGCUGUGCUGCAUCGAAGGCAUUUACCACAUGGUGCAUGCCGCGCCUGGAAGUCAUGGUUGAUUGCCGCUGGAGCCGUCAAAGGGUGCUCUGUUUGAAAGGUGCCUGGUGAGGGUGUCAUACGAAUACAUCGUAUAUUUUGACCCAGAUAACAACAGUGACCCUGGGGUGCACCCCCUCCCUCGGCUGCCAGCGACGCCUCGGUAGCACUCCGCCCCCAACCCGCCCGCCGCCGGCACCGUCUCGGCCUCUCAAUGGCGAGUUCUGCCAACAGAUGUCACUAGUGGUAGCCGGCUGGGGACCGCUCUCCCAGCCGGAGCCGGCAUACGGCGAGCCUGUCCGUGCCAAGGCCCUAUGUCCGUGCCUAACAAAGCCUCACAGUCCAUCUGCGCUGAAUACGGCCGCCCGGUGCGGUGGCAGCCUCACGGCUCUCCGUCCUGCGCAGGGGAGGGAGAGGUGCAUUGUGGUCCCCACACGCCGACAAACCCAGCGACCCGCGCAGGCCGCUCUCCGGGCGUUUUUCGACCCGCAGAGCGCGGCUGUCGGCACUGUGCGCCUCGCCGAGUUUGUCGCAAAAACGCGCUUUUGCGUCAGCGGUGCGGGCAGGAGUGGAACUCGUGGAAGGCCCACGCACCUGUGCUGUGGAGAACUGUUCCCGUGUUCCGGGUUCAGGGGGUGCACGUCCUUUCUCCAUGAGAAAAGGCUGAAGACUGCUGCUGGUGACUCAAAAACUGAUAUUGGAGAGGUGCUUGUCCGGUCCGCGUCAAUUCAGAGUCUUAUUCGCUUCUGAAAUCUACUGUCUGCUGUGUUGAUUGCUCAAUCAUGCCCAUAAAUUGAAAAUUGCAAUUUAUUUAUUUAAAUAAAUAAAGAGUUUCGCAUCCACCAUAAAUUCAUUGAAACAAUGUAAUUUAUCGGUAGACAAUCUCGCGAGGGAUGAAAUCGGUCACAAAUGAUAUCAAUCAUUUCCACUAGAUAAGCUGUGUCCUUUCGUCGGUCAAUGGCUACCCUCUCCGUCUUGGACAUCCGUCCCGACCGAGCUGAUGACUUCAUGAGGUGACCUCACGGCUGACCCAGAGGUGGCCUCCAGGGCCAGCUGCGCACUGGGCCCGUAUCGACCACCGGCACCGGAAGCUAGAUCGUCUCCGUCCUUCCGGGCAGGCAGCGGAAGGACAUCAUCCGCCUUGGAGAUUCUCAGCAGCGCCCGUGGCGUACAAUUCCGUCCCUCCAUCGCUGUGUCCUGUCGUCGUCAGUCUGUCGGGUCUGUCGGGUCAGCCCAACUCCGAUAGACCUGCCCCGACUGUGAGAAGUCAGACGGGCCGUGGGGUCGCUCCGGCUCCCCGCUGGGUGACGGCCGCAGGUGCCCACCAGCCGCCGCCGACCGGCGCGCCUGGACCGGCAGCGGCAGCGGCGGUGGCGGCGGCGGCGGCGGUGCGGGGGCGACGGCGGCGCCCCCUGCCUCGGCCGGCCCCCUCCGAGCGGCGCUGAUUCAGACGCCGGCGCGGGUUGUGCGCUCACCGCGGCGCCAGUCUGUCGCGAGCGGAGAGGCACGCGGGUGCGUGAGCGAGCGGGCAGAGCAGUCGCGAGCUGGCCGGCGAGGGGAGAGCGUUCGGCGGCGGGCGGACGGAGUUCACUGCCAGUGACAGAGCGACGUAACUUGUGACUGUGUGUGGGAGAGAACUAGUGAGUGUCGGUGACGGCGUUACGACCAGCAGCCAAGAUGCUGGGCCGUGCGCCCUGUCGGAUUUCCUUGUCUCCGACGAAUUCGGACUACGAAUAUGACAGUGACGAGGGCCUGGACUCAGCCACUGCCUCGGCGUGUUCCAGCAGCAGUGGACGUCCUGAGUCGACCAGUUCCGCCGAGCAGUACAGCCAUGCGCCGCGCACCGACUCCUACCGGCUGUCCAUGGCCGUACUCGAGGGCUCUCAGGAUGUCGAGUUGGACGCCAUUCUAGGAGAACUGUGCGCACUCGAGACUCAGUUCGAUAAGGAGAUCAAAGGGAAACCAGUAAUCGCACCUGGACGAAAGCCAGAAGCGCCGGGAGAGGACGGCCUCGGACCACUGCACCCCGUUCCUCCGCGAAAACCGGGCACGAUGGGCGGCGGCGCCCGGCCCAAGUUCGAGGUCAACUACUCGUCUGAGGUGGACUGGUCACAGCGCCAUGAGAAGGGUCCGCGCACAGAGAGCCCCGACAAUGACUCGGCCUUCUCGGACAACCUGUCGAUGCUGUCCAGUGAGUCGUCUGCCUCCUCCGGCGGCAGCGGCGGCAGCGGCGCGCGCACGGAGGUUUCCAAGUCCUCGAGCGGAGUCGGCUCGGCCGCCAGCCCCACCUCACAGGCGGACCAGGCAGCGCGGAUCAAGGCCGAGAAGAUCAAGCUGGCACUGGAGAAGAUCCGCGAGGCCAACGUCAAGAAGCUGUUUAUCAAGGCGUUCAUGGGCGACGGCAGCACCAAGAGCCUGCUGGUCGACGAGAAGAUGAGCUGCGGACACGUGACCAGGAUGCUGGCCGACAAGAACCACGUGCGCAUGGAGCCGCGCUGGGCUAUCACGGAGUACCUGCCCGAGCUGCUCAUGGAGCGUGUUUACGAGGACCACGAGAACCUAGUGGACAACCUGAUGCAGUGGACUCGCGACUCGAAGAACGAGCUGCGCUUCCAGGAGCGUGCCGACAAGUACGACCUGUUUGUCCGUCCGGAGCUGUACCUGCUGCCGUCGGCCGGCGGUCAGCAGGCCCAUCUGGACGACGACGGACGCGCUCAGCUCAUAGAGGAGUUUUUCUCGGCUUCUGGCUCCAUGAUUCCGGAGAUCGAGAGCGAACUGUGGCUGAAGACGGACAAGAAGGGGUGGAAGAGACACCACUUUGUACUGCGCGGGUCCGGCAUCUACUACUCGCCCAAGGGAAAGGUCAAGACCUCCAAGGACCUCGUCUGCCUCGCCAAGUUUGACGUCAAUCAGGUGUACUACGGAGUCGGCUGGAAGAAGAAAUACAAGGCCCCGUCCGACUUCUGUUUUGCCAUCAAGCACCCGCAGAUUCAAGUGAAGGCGCCCAAGCACACGCGCUACCUAUGUGCUGACGACGCGCGCACCCUUCAUCAGUGGAUGAUGGCCAUUCGGGUGGCCAAGCACGGUCGUCAGCUGCAGGAGAACUACCGCCAGCUGAUGGACGACCUGGCGCAGGACGACAUCGACCGGCUGGCGCACGCGCGCAGCUUCAGCGUCGCCUCGGUGGCGCCCUCCACCGGCACGCCCACGCGCGAAAAUGGCGCCACCAUCGAGGCCAGCCUGGCGGCGCUCGCCGAGCAGGCUGAGCGACUCAGUGACGGUUCCUCCAGCCUGGGCUCUGCCCGCUCCCCGAUGCGGCGCCAGGACAGCGUCAUCUCCCGCUGCAGCGGCAGCAGCUCCAGCAAGUCCUCGGAGAACGCCUUCGACAGCGACCACCCGCAAGGCACCAUCAAGCGGAAGCCGUCGAUGGCGCCAAAGCUGCCGCUCACCUCCACCACCCGACUGUUGGUCAAGGCGGACGAGAGCACCGACCAGCCGGACUCCAAACCGACGACACCGACCCGCCAGCCGGGCCGGCGGCUGACGGGUGACGCAGAGUCGCUGAAUGGCACGCUGACGCGGCGCCGCGAGCGGCAGGCCACGGACACGCUGCGCAGCACCGGCAGCGGGCGCAGCCUGGAGUCGCGCUCCGACAGUCUGCGCAGCACCGACAGCAGCCGCAGCGCCGACUCGCGCGCCGACAGCGUGCGCAGCGCUGACACGGUGCGCGCGCGCGUCGAGCCGCCGCCGCUGCCGCCGCCGCCGACGGCCGACCUCGACAGCGACUCGGAGAGCCUGCCGCCGCCGCCCGAGAUGAGCGGCAGCAUGCUCAGCCUGGCCUCGCUGCCGCCGCCGCCCGAGGAGCUCAUGAUGUCCUCGAUGACGUCUGUCUCGUCGCUGCCGCCGCCGCCGAGCCCACACGAGCUGGAGCCGCCGCGCGUCACUGCCCUGCCGCCGCGACCGCCGGCCGCCCCGGCGCCGCCCGCCUACGCUGCCGCCAUGGGCUCUCCGCUGCGUGAGUCCCCUCCGCCGCCGCCGCCGCCCCCGGCUCACGAGCCGAUGGCGCCCGCCCUGCCGCCGCCCAUGCCCAACAUCGAGCCCAUCUACAGCACUGGCGGCAAGCGGGCCAAGAAGAUCUCGUUCGCCGACUCGCCCGUGGUGUUGGAGGCGCCGGCGCCGGCCCCCCAGCCGAUCUACGCGCGCGGCCGGCCGCCGCCUCCGCCGCCCAAACGCAGCGAGACCACGCGCCUGUCCACUGGGCCGGCGCAGCUGGCGCCGCCCAACCGACUGGACUCGCCGCAGUGCAGCGUCGGCCCGCCGCGCGACUUCCUGCGCGACCUGCAGCGCGUCAUGCACAAAAAGUGGACCGUGGCCGAAAAGUGUAAGGUCGACCUCAAGUCGCCGCACGAGGUGCUCGGCUUCCGCGACCCGUUCGGCGCCAUGGACGCCGGCAAAGAGCAACACGUGGGCCAGUGGCUGGCGCAGCACUACGGCGGCGCGCCGGACGAGGUCGGCUCGCCGACCGGCGCAGCGCCCGCCCAGCCGCUCUAUGACUCUCCGCGCUCAGCGCUGAAGAAGCGGCCGCCGCCGCCGCCGCCGCGUCGUAACGACGGCACUCAGCUGAGCGGCCGGCGAUAGGCGGUGCACGUGUCGUGCCCCUUUGUUACUUGUGAUACGAUUCCGCCGGCGGCCGCCAGAGUAGACUCCGGCCGGGUGAGUGUGCGAACGGUGGGCGCUAUUGUUAUUUGUGAUUCAUUUUGCAUUUAUCGUGCGCGCGUGUUGAGCUGGUGCUGUGUUCGGAGCUUACGUGCCUGCGGCGGCGGCGGCGCGGCGACGGAUCCGACCGUGUGCGCGUGUUGAUGGUGCGCAUGCGUGAGCGCACCGACUGCCGUCUUUGCUGCCCGGCUAGGAUAUCCGUAGUGGUUGUAGCUCGUGUUUGUACUAUAGUCGACUGUGGCGGAGGACGCUGUACUUGUGACUCUCAGUAUGUCGGCGAGGUGGCGGUGGCGAUGGACGUCACCAAGGCCUUACAGGAUGUGCACUUUAUUUGUAAUUUUGUAUGGAGUCAUGUAAGCGGCGUGGUGGGUCGCCGUGCCUGAGGCGGCGGUCUGCUGUUUUAUUUAUUGAGGACUGGCGUCAUCAGGUGUGUGCCGGGCUAGCAGCUGUUAUCUUCCACCACUAAUCAGUCGACAAAUAAACCUGUUACCGAUUGCA